GCAGGAUCCGCUCCGAGGCGGGUGACGUGCAGCGCGCGAUCUGAUUGGACGACGUGGCGUGACCAAGCGGGUCGGGUCCUGUCCUCCUUGGGAGCCCCGGCCCGCAAGCGGCACGCGGAUUCAGUGGUGUCACGUGCACGGCACGGGUCGGUUUUGCUUUCCUAACGCGGUGGGCUGCCGUUUCAGCCCAACAGGCUCGGACAUGGACAAUUGGACAGACGCAGCCCAGUUGCCGGCUGUGGCCCCACCCGACCUGUGGAUCCCAGGCCACCCGACCCCACGUUCUAAAAAUUGCCACCGCCAGCCACCCACCCGGGGCGAAAACAAGAACGAGGUUGCCGGCGCGGCCGGCGAUCCCUCCUCCUCUCUCAGCUCUGGCUCCCUCUGUCCCUCGUCCCCUUGCAGGUUUGGUCGCGCUGGUAGAUCCCGGCCAAAAAGGGAUUGCUGCUGGCUGUUCCAGGCCUUGGAGCCGGUUUGAUCGUGGGAAGCGGAGGGAGAAGGGGCUGAUACGAUCGAGGAGCUAGGGAUGGAUCAGCUCAUGGGGAAGGUGGGCGGGUACUGGUUCAGCCAGAAGGCCAACGCCGAGAUGAACGGCGCCGGCGACGACAUCAACUCAAUCUCUAGCAGCAUUGGAGAUGGAGCUAAAUGGAUGGUGAACAAAAUCAAAGGGAAGAUGCAGAAACCACUGCCUGAAUUUCUCAAGGAAUAUGAGCUCCCAAUGGGCCUGUUCCCCCAGGACGCGACCAACUACGAGCUGGCCGAGGACACGAAGCUGCUCACCGUGUACAUCGCAUCGCCCUGCGAGGUCGGGUACAAGGACUCGUCGGUCCUGAGGUUCGCCACCAGCGUGACGGGUUACCUGGAGAAGGGAAAGCUGACCCACGUCGAGGGCCUCAAGACCAAGAUCCUGAUCUGGACCAAGGUGACGGAGGUCAGGGCCGAGGCCACCAAGGUGCACUUCGCCGCCGGCAUGAACAAGACCCGGAAUCGGGAUGCUUAUGAGGUCGUCAGGGAUGGUGUUGUCGUAGACAAGUUCUAGAUCAUUCAUAGGUAACGUGAUCGUGAUGGAUGCGUGCAUCCCUUAAGCUGGGACUGACCAUUUCGGUAUGACUGUUCUGUAGCACCAAAAGAAAUGAUGCGUACACCAUGUAGAUUGGGGUGUCAGAGUGUGAUGAAGUAGUUCCUUAUUGUUUACGACCUUGACAGUCAUUUCGUGCGUUCGAGUCAAAGUGAAUUUCUCUGAAUGAA